AUGGAGACUGCGAAUGGUACGACAACGGAGCAGAAUGGCUCGACACAAAAUGAGAAUGGAGAGUACAAGCUCAGAUUCUGCACUGUUUGCGCAAGCAACAACAACAGAUCCAUGGAAGCUCAUCUCCGACUCUCGCAAGCCAAUUACCCUGUAAUCUCCUUUGGCACCGGCUCUCUCGUCCGGCUACCGGGCCCGACAAUCACCCAGCCAAACGUGUAUCAGUUCAACAAGACAUCGUACGAUAGCAUGUACAAAGAAUUAGAGGCGAAAGACUCUAGACUGUAUCGGAACAAUGGUAUUCUGAACAUGCUAGGAAGAAAUAGAGGCGUUAAAUGGGGGCCCGAACGUUGGCAAGAUUGGCCCGUUGGGGUCCCAAGGCUGCAACACUCCAGUGACAAGGGCAGCGAGGGCGUGGAAGGCGGUGUCGUGGACGUAGUCUUCACCUGUGAAGAGCGGUGCUGGGAUGCCGUCAUUGACGACCUCCUCAACCGUGGCUCUCCGUUAAAUCGCCCGGUACAUGUGAUCAACAUUGACAUCAAAGAUAACCACGAGGAGGCUGCCGUUGGUGGGCAAGGCAUUCUCGAUCUUGCCAAUUCUCUCAAUGCCGCCGCCGAAGAGGAGCGAGGCGCGAUAGGCUCGGCGGCUUUUGACAGCGGGAGUGCGUCUGCCCGAGCGAGUUUUGACGAGCGAGUUCCAGAGAUUAUUGGCGCCUGGCAAGAACGUUGGCCUAAUCUACCAUCAACCUGGACUCUGGCGUGGUUUUAA